CCAUAUGAUAGCACACUUCACCAGGGUAGAGAUGUAUUAAAGCUGACACAAUCAAAAAUCAUCCCACUUCUUGUCACUGUAAACUGCCUACGUCUCCCUACGUUCGCCGAAAAAUACAACUCUCUUUCCCGUUAGUGUCUUGUAAGUAACAUUAUGACAAAUUACGAAGAAGUCAAAGUUUGUGGCUAUGAAGAAUUUUGCAAAGCUGUAUCGGAGAGGAAGGGGAAAGACAUAUUCGCCUAUUUCUCCGGUAAUAAAGACGAUCAAGGAUUGAGUUGGUGCCCGGAUUGUGUAAAAGCUGAGCCUGUUGUCAGAGGGGAGAUGUCUCACCUGCCGGAAGGUUCUGUCUUUAUCUAUUGCCAAGUCGGAGAAAGACCCUACUGGAAGAACCCCAACAAUGAGUUCAAGAAGACCUUGAAGCUGACUGGUGUUCCCACAUUGCUACGAUAUGGAACUCCCCAGAAACUUGUCGAGGAGGAGUGUUUCAAACAAGAUUUGGUGCGGAUGAUGUUCACUGAAGAUUAAACUACAUUUGUGUAUGCAUGUUUGAUAAAACAUGUUUGAGAUUCAGUUCACUGUAAUUGCCUUUCAUAUAAUGUUUUGUAGUAUAAUAUCUAAUGACAGAUAGCACUAUGUUAAUUUCCAUAGGAUAUUCCAUUCUGCAUUGCAAUUGUUUUUGUAAGUAAAUAAUACAUGUAUAGACUGUACUUGGUGACUUGAUUGUGUCCUUAUAAUUGAACAGGUGCCUGCUAAAAUGUCAUGUUGGAUAUGAUUCAAUUAAAAGACUAAAAGCCAA